AUGUCUUGGCAAACUUACGUUGAUCGCCUUAUGAGCGAACUUCCAGGUGGAGGGAACUUGAGUUCGGCUGCCGUUUUUGAUCGAAAUGAUGGCUCUUUACAUGCCAAGAGCGCCUCUUUUCCAGAACUGACGGGAAAGCAGAUUCAAGGAAUCGUGGGGGACCUUGGGGCAAGUGCGGCGCUGGGGUUAUCUUUGGGUAACGUCAGAUAUAUGUCGACUGCAGCUAGCGAGGAUGCCUUUUCUGGCCGAACUGCGGGUGGUGGUGGUUGCCAUAUCAAGAAGACCGAAUCUCUCAUUCUGAUCGGCAUCUACGAAGAUCCUGUUGGACCAGAUGCAGCAAGACAGCGUGUUGGAGGCUUAGGACCUGCUCCACUCCUCAGCCUGACAUCCUUCGCCCGAUCGCAUCUCCCGUCCCACCUCCCAUCCUUUCCCACCGUUCGAUCUCCUACCACCGAUCAACGCGCUGUCGCACGCGCACUUUCCAUUUCGCCGAUCUCGCCAAUUUCGCAUCUCCCCCGAUCCACUCACUCCUCGCCUCCCGCAAUGGCAUCCGUCGUCUCGCGCAUCGCGUCGCGGUCCAGAUCACACGCCGCGCGGGCCGCGCUUAACGCGUUCAACCUGCAGCCGACUCGAAACGUCACGUACAUGCCGAAGCCGGGCGAGGGCGCGACGCGCACUGUUACGCUGCUCCCGGGAGACGGAGCCGGGCCGCUGUGCACGAACGCGGUGGAGCAGGUGUUUAAAGCCAUCCACGCGCCCGUGGUGUUCGAGACGUACGACCUCAAGGGCACCAUGCCCACCGUGCCCAAUGAGGUCCUCGACUCGCUCCGCCGAAACAAGGUGGGGAUCAAGGGAGGCGUGCGAACGGCCGUCGCGGGCGGAGUCAGCUCGCUGACGGUGCAGCUGCGAAAGGAGUUCGAUUUAUUCGCGCAUCUCGCGUACUGCAGCAACAUCCCCGGGCUGAAGACGCGGCACGACAACGUGAACAUCGUGGUGAUUCGCGAGAACACGGAGGGCGAGUACAGCGGGCUGGAGCACGAAGUCACCCCCGGGGUCGUCGAGAGCCUCAAGGUGAUCACCAAGUUCUGCUCGGAGCGCAUAGCAAAGUACGCCUUCGAAUAUGCCUAUCUGAAUAACCGCAAGACGGUGACGGCGGUGCACAAGGCCAACAUCAUGAAGCUCGCAGACGGGCAGUUCCUUGAGUCGUGCCGCGAGGUGUCCAAGCAGUACCCGCAGAUCAACUACAACGAAGUCAUUAUUGACAACUGCUGCAUGCAGCUGGUCUCCAAGCCAGAGCAGUUCGAUGUUAUGGUGACGCCCAAUCUCUAUGGUACACUCAUCUCAAACACAGCUGCAGGCAUCGCUGGCGGCACCACUGUCAUGCCCGGAGGGAAUGUGGGUUAUGAGCAUGCUAUCUUUGAGCAAGGGGCAUCGGCAGGCAACGUAGGGAACGACAUUAUCAACGCGCAGAAGAAGGCAAAUCCGACGGCUCUCCUUCUCUCAGCCGCCAUGAUGCUGCGGCAUCUUCAGUUCCCGUCAUUCGCCGACCGGUUGGAGCAUGCAAUCUACGGAGUGAUUGCCGAGGGGCUCUCGCCGUGUGAUCGCAGGCGUGUCGCCAUGAGCAGCAUCGGAACUGGGUACGAUUUGUCGGUCACAACCUAUUCGCCUGACGGCCGAAUCUUUCAGAUCGAAUACGCUGCAAAGGCGGUUGACAAUAGCGGCACGGCCGUGGGUCUGAGGUGCAAGGAUGGCGUUGUUCUGGGCGUGGAAAAACUGUUGGUAUCCAAGAUGCAGGUGCAGGGCAGCAACAGGCGCAUUCACAUAGUGGACAAGCACGCUGGCAUCGCUGUCGCUGGGCUCGUGGCGGAUGGCAGGCAGGUCGUCAACCGCGCCCGCAACGAGGCUGUCAACUACAAGAGUUUCUUCGCGCACAUGAUUCCUCUCAAGGUCCUGGCAGAUCGCAUGGCGAGCUAUGCGCACUACUUCACACUCUACUGGUGGACGCGGCCCCUCGGCUCCUCCGUGCUGCUUGGUGGAUAUGACCGCGAUGGGCCCCAGCUCUACUGCAUCGAGCCCUCAGGCGUCACUUACCGUUAUCACGGCACUGCAGUGGGCAAGGGAAGGCAAGCAGCAAAGACCGAGAUAGAGAAGCUGAAGCUAUCCGAGAUGACGUGUCGGGAGGGGGUGAACGCUGUAGCCAAGAUCAUCGUUGGAGUGCAUGAUGAGGCCAAGGACAAGGCGUUUGAGCUGGAGAUGGGGUGGUGCUGUGAGGAGUCCAACUGGCAAUUCCAGAGAGUGCCGGAUGAAAUAGUGAAGGCAGCGAGGGAAGCAGCAGAGGCAGCAAUGGAUGAAGACAUGGACGACUGA